AGUUUCGACGACGGGCUUUGAGUGAAAACAAAACAGGUCGCUCUGUUUGUAAUAAAUAUUAGACCGUAUAUAUAUACAUCGUGCUGUCCUAACGUUGUCUUUACCAAAAAGUGUUGAUGGAAAGUAGGUCUAGAUAAGAAGUAAUAAAAAUACAGGUCUGAAGAAGCGUGGCGGAAGCAAACUGAUAGCUGGGCAAAUAGAAUCGAAAAUGAAUGAAUCGAAAAUGACGAAGAAAAGGCGAGUGUCAAGAAUAAGAAGACUGGAAAUUCAAGAGGCAAAGCUAAGACGCGAACUGAAAGGCACGCUCAAGGACAUAAGCAAGGACACGAAGUCAAAGAAGGGUGGUGAGGAAGGACACCUAGAUGGAGUGGAACGCCAAAAACUUGCCAACCGCUCCGUGGAUAUUCGCUCAAAACUUCUCCGAUUACAAGACGAAAUCGGUACGCGCGAGGUGAUCAAGCAGGACAAAAUCACCAAGGAUGUAAGGACGAGAAUUCAAGAAAGCUAUUCGACGGCCGCAAGGAAACACAGCAAGUUGCUAUGGACAACAAUCAACUUGGAGCGUAUGAAAGAGGACGAGAAUGCGAUUCGGGCAAUCGCAGGUGCCGAUGCCGGAUUGGAAACUCGAAAACGCAAGGUAACGUCGCCCGUUGAGAGGUACGUCCUCGACAGACGUGAGAUAUCAUCGGCUACGAGCAGAAUAUCCGCUUCAAGUAUGAGGCACUCUACGGAGGAUCUCGAUUACAAGGCUCUGGAUAGGAGGGAACACUUGGAGCACGUUCGAGAGUCCUUGUCCACGUUGGGAUUGCACAGCACGCGAGAUCAACUCCAGAAAGCCGACGGUUUGCAGAACAAGUACGACGCGACUCGCGAAAUGAGAAACCUGACGCUUGGUCAGAUGAUCUCGAGAUCGAAUAAGAAUUCCUACUGGAGAAUCAAUCCACCGUACAGGCGAAAACGUGGCAAGGUGGCGCACGUACGCAGGGCUUACGCCAAAGACUUCUACGAGAACAAGAUUGAUAUGACGGAAGCGAGGGACAAGAAUAUCGUUACUCCUAGAACGGAGGUAUUGAAGGAUUUAAGGCAAAAAGAGGAGGAUGAACUCGGACGAUUUACGAUGAGUUCAGGACGAACAAUGUCGAUGCGAAAAAUGAAAGGUUUCACCCCUCCUGGAAUGAAGUUAUCACCGCUUGUCGAGGGCGUCGCACAGUAAUGACGCAUGUCGGCAUGAUACAACUUUUUUGUCCUAAUUUUUGUCCAUGUGGAAAUUGGGAGAACAUUGCAUGUCAAUCGUGUAUAAUACGAAAGUAUAUAUAAAUUUUUAAGGGAAUGGAAAAUGCCCGGUUUUAUAGGCAAAAACAGACAAUAUUGACACGUAUACCCGAGGACUGAAAUGUUAUUAACCCAAUUCGAAAUGAAUUUCAUUUGCCUUUUUUACGAUGCUAAAAAACAUACUUUCAAAUUCUAUUAAAAUAAAGCCAGUAUCGCUCAUGCAUAUGUUUUGUCCUUAUCCAUUAGUCAAAGAGGCCAGCAUAAAAUUGGAUGAAAACUCAUGAGUUUGUCAAAUAAUAUAAAAACUAACGUCAAUUUUCCUAUAUACGGCGGGUAGCUUUCCACUAUAUCCAUUUCAACGCUUUGUAUGAUACAAAAUCGACCACAACACUCGGACCAUUAACAUCUGUGGAAAUGCCAUGUUAAUGUUGACAAUACGAAAAUAAUAAUUAAAAAGUUUGACACCGCCGG